AUGGAAGCUAAAUUGCAAAAACUCAAAGUAACAGAGCUGAAAGAGCUUCUCGCGAAUCAUCACCUAGUACAGACGGGAAAGAAAGAUGAUCUAGUGAAGAGAUUGUUAGACAAUAAUGUCACCUUGGAGGAUGACUCGACAGAAGAACUAGUCGAUCCUGAUGCUGUGAAUGAUACUCCCCAGUCCGACGCACCACCCGCUGCUGCUCAAACCUCAGCAGCUUCUUCAUCAUUACCUCCUGCAGCCGAACCUCCCACAAAUGAAGCAUCAGAACCUUCGCCGGAAGACUUAACGCCAGAGCAGAAAGCUAUGAAAGCUCGAGCGGAAAGAUUCGGUAUUCCCUUUAACCCCAACGCUAAACCAAAAUCCUCAAAUUCUCGUAAUGGAGUGAAGGAGUCUACUGCUGCUAAACCCAAAUCUACACCUGCCGCUACUACCUCUGCUGCAUCAAUAACUGCCCCUCAAAAGAAGGAAAAAGCAGGAGCCAUCGAUUCAGCCUCCCUGGGAAUAAGUGAAGAUGUAUUAGCUAAAAGAGCUGCAAAAUUCGGUUUACCAGAAAAGAAAGAACAACCCAAAGCAUCUGCUCCUGUCACUCCUACUUCCACAUCCGUUUCCACGCCCAAAUUACAGCCAAAAGCUGAAAGCAAGAAAGCAGAAGUAACUCCUGAGAUGGCCGAGAAGUUAGCUGUUGAAGAAGAGAAGAAGAGGAAGCGAGCCGAGAAAUUCGGAUUUAGUAAACCUUCAAGCGAAACAAAUGGUUCUGAGCCGGAUGCUAAAAAGGUAAAAGUAUGA